CUAGCGCUCAAGACGUCCCUUUCGCCUUAACCCAUCAUGUUCAAGAAGCCAGUAAGUAAUUGGAAGACGUCCUCCCCACUGAGAUCCUCAGAUAGGAAGAAAUUGAAGCUCAAAGCUGUUUCCUUGUUCUCGAUAAGCAUCGAGGAAGCAGAUGUGCUGGUUCCAGAAGGUAUCUUAUCUAUCAAAUUCAAGACUCAUCUCAACGAGCCUGGGAUCGCGUACCUUGCGCGUGAUGGUGAUCAUGAUCCUCUCUGGUUUACGUUAGGAAAAGGAGAUUUUCAACAACAAGACGCGCUCAUAAUUCCAACCAUAUACACUUUAUGGAAAAAUCACAAACUCCUACCUUCAUUAUUUACACCGAAGGCAGUUAUACCUAUACUGAGUGGCGGUGCAGACUUAAUGAUACCUGGAGUGGUUCACUGCCCUCAGUCCUUGAGCGAGGGUCAACUGGUCUCGAUAUGCAAGUAUGAACGUAUAGGCGAUAUCCCGAUGCUGUCUCCGCCCCUUGCUGUCGGUCGUAUGGCUGUAGCCAGCGAUCAACUUCAGGAUAGCGGCCAAGAGAAGGGGAAAGCUGUUCAUGUUCUGCAUACGUGGAAAGACCAUUUAUGGGAAUUGGGAUCGAAAGGAGAUAUUCCUCAAGAUUUGCCGAUGAAGGAAGACGAAGACGUGAACUUGGAGAAGGCGGGAGAUACAGAGGAAGAAGGAAUGCAUGUUCCUGUGGAUGCAGAUACGUCAGUUGUUGUACCAGAGCCCUCCUCCCUUUCGGAUGCUCCGGACGGAACCAGGGCCCCGGUAUACACUCCGGACGAAGUCAGCCAACUUCUUCGCAUGUCCUUGAUUCAAGUCAUCGCCCGUUAUAUCGACGCACCCGCGUUCACUUUUCCUAUUCCUGCUACCAUCUUCUACGCUAAUCACAUCCUUCCUAGUCGACCAAACUUUCCAGAACUUGUCCUCCUACCAUCUUCGUCUUCCCCCGCAGAUACUUCGCCUCCCUACGACUCGUCUAGUCCCGAUCCUUACAGUAUAACGGUUAAAAGCUCUUCUUUCAAGUCACUGACCGCGUUCUUGAAAUCCACGGAGAAAUCAGGGUUAAUCACUACCAAGGCACCUCAAAAGCAUUCAGCACAAACGGACGUGUUGAUCACAGCUGUGAAUAGUUCACAUCCCGAUGUCCAGGUACAUCGUCCGUUCGCAACGGUCCGUGAAGUCGAGGCGAAAGCUGCAAGAAAGGUGUUACAGGAGGUGAAGCAGAGAGAACAGCGUGCUGCUGCUGAACUAGAACUCGAAGUUCAAGAGUUCUGGAAGCCUCAUUUAAUUAGUGUUGCGCUUUUUGAAGCGAUGGGUGCAAAUACUUCAAAUUUAUACACCCAUCCGGAAGUUCGUUCGUUGCUCGAUUCAUAUAUAACUGCUCGACAAUUGGUCAACCCUCAUGAUCAAGCCUAUAUUAAUCUCGAUGCGGCGUUGACUUUGUGUGUGGCCCCGCAGUCGAAAUCCAAGUCUUCCAAGAAUAAAAAAUCUUCGACGGAGGGGGCGGAGUCGGGGCCUCAGACUCAAUCGGAGUUCAUGAAACGGGAUGAAUUGGUCAAGAAGGUUUUGGCAGCGAUGCAAAAUUGGUACGAGGUGAAGAGGUCGGGGAAUGAGGGCGUCACCAAAAAAGGGAAGCUUUCGCCAAUACAAAUCGUUAUGAAGACACGUCAAGGGCGUAAGCUGUCGACGUUGAUUACUGGUUUUGAACCUUUCAAUAUCGUCCCAGAGGACUUAUCCGAAGAUCUCAGGAAACUUUGCGCUGGUGCAACAUCUAUCUCACCCAUUCCAGGAAAGCCUGCCAACUCUGGCAUGGAGGUUCUUGUUCAAGGCAAACAAUCCAAAGCUGUUGUAGACUAUCUGCUCGGAAAGGGUGUGCCGAAGAAGUGGAUCGAGGCACAUGAAGUCGUCAAAAGAAAGAAUUGAUUGGGUAGCGAGUUGUAAAACGAACCGUAGCUUGGUCUCUUCAAGUUCUUUAUGUAAGGGCCUCGGAGUGCUAGAACUGUGACUUGAUCUGAGGCAUUUUUUUCUACAUGAUACUUGAAAUACAAGCUUCGGUCACCGCUCACACAGACGAAUAAUGUGAAGUAUGUACAUGGACGGACAUCAUCCAUAUAUAUCUAGACAAUUGUCAUGAUCAUUGAUGACCAGCGCCUAAGCCGAGUUCACAUCCGGUCACGCGCUCCUGCCUGCAUGAUCAAUGUACAACUUGAAU